GCAAAAGUAUAAGGGUAGUUUUAUUAUAUGAAAAAUUGAGAAAGAAGAAGUUGAAGUUGAAGUUGAAGGGGAGUGGACAUUAUCUUCAAAUGUCUGGUUUUACAACAAGAAACCUUCCUCUUUAGCUCAGAGAGAGAGUGUGUGUAAAAUGCCGACCUUAAACCUCUUCACGAAUGUCCCAGUCGACGCAGUCAUCGCCUCCGACAUUCUCAAGGACGCCACCAAAGCUGUUGCCAAAAUCAUUGGCAAACCUGAAUCUUAUGUGAUGAUUUUGAUAAAUGGAGGAGUGCCUAUUGCAUUUGCUGGCACUGAAGAACCAGCUGCUUAUGGGGAAUUGAUCUCCAUUGGGGGCCUUGGACCUAGUGUCAAUGGAAAAUUGAGUUCAACUAUUGCAGAAAUUCUUCAAAUUAAGCUUUCCAUUGACAGUUCUCGCUUCUAUAUCAAAUUUUAUGAUGUUCAGGUAUGUUUAUUUGACUUGUCCUGUUAUGGUCUUUUCCUUCAACAAUUUUACCCUUUAUACAUAUCAUUUUGUCAUUUCUUUCUGGAUCACGGGGACAAUUUUCCAAUGAUACAACUUUUGAUGAAGAAAAAAGAGAAAACCAAGACAAUUUUCUCAUUUCAAAUGUUUGUAAUCUCUUCAUAAACAUUGGUCUAUUGGAUUUGUCUGAACUUUUUUACACAUUAACAAUUUCGCAAUCAAAGUUAACUAAUAUAGGAGAAGAAUCAGAAAAUAUAUAUAUUUCUAGAAUGGAAGAAAAAAUACCAACAAAAAUGCAUGCCCCAACCCAAGCAGAAAACAAUGCAAUUACAAUCAAUAUUCAUUCGUAUCCACACAGUUGCCAUUUUUUUUUCUAUUAAAAACAUCAUCUUUGUAAACUUAUACAGGUAUUUAUCCCAAAGACAAAUAAGAGAGAGAGGUAGGGUAUUCAUGAAUUUAUCUUAUGAAAAUACUUGAUUUGAAUAACUUAAUUUACAAACUGAUAAGCUGAUAAUUGAGAGUGGAUUGAUACAUCACAAUUGUCAUUUAGUGCGACUUUGAUUAACUUCUUACAGCAAUUCUUCUGUAUAAUUCUGUUUUGUCCAGUAAUCUAUCCAUAACUCAUUUUUUGUUGCAGCGACCAUUCUUUGGGUUUAAUGGCUCAACAUUUUGAAACACCCUUGUCUUGCUUGAGUAGCAUUUCAUUGGAAUUCAAAAGCCUUAAACCGUGUCGUGAAGCUGGACGGUGGAUUGAUCUUCCCUUUAAGGUUGUAAUUUUCAUUUAGACAUAUGGAAGCCAAUAUCUUACAUUGUAAUUGUCAUUGCAUAGCUAAUUAGCUUUUGUGAAAUGAUAAAUGUGAAAAUUUAAUUUUUGAUCAAAGAUAUGAGAAAAAUCGACUGAUCUAGCAGCA